AUGUUUAAAGGUCAAAAUGCUUUGAUAACAGGUGGCUCUAGAGGAAUUGGGUUAGCAAUUGCUACAAAACUAGCGUCACAAGGAGCAUCUAUAACUCUAUUAGCAAGGGAUGAAGAAUUGUUAAAAAAUUCAUUAAAUCAAUUACCAUGUGAUCAAAAUCAAAAUCAUUCAUACAAAUCGUUCGACUUAUUGCUGCUCGUUAACCUGGAUGUUGCAAUUAAAAUGCUAAAAGAUGGCAUUGAAUCUCCUACUAUUUUAAUUAAUUGCGCAGGUAUCACUACUCAUGCUCUACUACAUCAGAGCAAUCUGGAGAUGAUUAAAAAUACUAUCGACUUGAAUCUUACUGUGCCAAUUAUGCUAUGUCAGCUUUUUAUAAAGGACAUGCUACGACAAAAGAAAUUGUAUCCUUCAAUACUAAAUAUUUCUUCAGUUUUAUCAUACACUAAUCAUGUAAUUCCAGGUACAUCAGUUUAUGCUGCUUCAAAAGCUGGGCUUUUGGGUUUCACAAGAAGUUUGUCACAUGAGUUACGAGGUAGAAUAAGAGUUAAUGCAAUGUUACCAGGUUUAGUUAAAGAAACUGACAUGGGUUCAAUUGUAAAGAGCGAUUUAAUACCCAUUUCAUUAGAUUGUGUUGCAACUAAAGCUAUAAAUAUCUUGGAAGAUAGAUCUAUAAACGGCCAAUCAAUAGCUGAUGUAAUCGGGGUCAGUCCGGAGAAUCAAAGCUUAUACGAAUCAACAAUUGACGAAAAUGGUACUCAAAUAUGGCACUGUUUAAAUGAUUCUUCCAUUAUUUUAACUUACGAUCAAAUAAAUGACAACUAUUGCGAUUGUCCAGAUGGAUCAGAUGAGCCGGGAACGAAUGCAUGUCCCAAACCACCGUUCAAAUUUUAUUGCGCCAAUGAAGGUCAUUUUCCAGGAUAUAUAGAUCAAUUCAAAUUAAAUGAUGGAGUAUGUGAUUAUGAUAUCUGUUGUGACGGAUCUGAUGAAUACAAAUUGGGCAAUUGUGUAAAUAAAUGUGAAGAAAUUCAUCGACAAUACGAAGAGUAUAAGAAUGAACAAUUAGCAUUCAUUAAAAAAGCCCUUGAAAAGAAACAAAAGGUCAUUGACUCAGCUCAGAACAAAAGAAAGAAGUUGAUUGAUAACCUACAUCAAUUGAAAAGACAGAUUCCUGAAAGAAAAAUACAAAUUAAUAAAUUGAAACUUCAGUAUGAGAAUUCAGAAUUGGAUCAACAAGAUACGUCUGUGUUUGAAGGUUUGAAAGAUCAUUUUAACGGAUUAGCAAAUAAAAUAGAAGCCCACAAAAGAGAUAUAUUAAAACAAGAAUCAAAAGUUCUGGCAUUGGAAAACAUAUUGGAGAUACUUUCAAAGAAUUUUAAUCCAAAUUUUAACGAUCCUGCUGUAAAAGAUUCAAUUCAUAAAUAUCAAGAGUAUGUAUCAAAUAAAGAAGAGGCUAUAUUGGAAGAUAUUCAUGAAACCAAUCAAAUGAUCCAUAAUUUGAUUGAAAAAGCUAAGACGUUGUCUCAUAAUGGAGCAAAGGGGGAGGAUCAUUUAAACUACUACCCACCAACCAUAUAUAACUUGAUACAUUAUUAUUUUCAACUAUUUGCAAAAAAAUUCUUGAAAAAACCAGUCAUUGAAUAUACAUCAAACUUAUCACAAAAUGAACUAAGCUACAAGAUCGAAAACUUGGAAAAAGAACUUGAAAAAAUCGAGCAAAAGAUAAAGGUUAUAAAAACCAAUUUGAGCUUAAACUAUGGUCCUGAUAAUAUAUUAAGAGCUUACGAUCUGAUAACUAUUUCAAAGAAAUUAGGUGGAUAUAAUUAUAGAAUCAAUUUAUUGGAUGGAAUAUAUCAAGACGAUGUAUUUAUUGGUAAAUUCAAAGAAUUUAAAGAUGACAAGCUCUUUUAUAACAACGGUGAUCGAUGUUGGAAUGGUCCAAAACGUUCCGCUACUGUUGAAUUUAUUUGUGGAGAAGGUCCAGAUUUAAUAUCAGUAAGUGAACCUGAAAAAUGUCACUAUCACUUCUUAUUACAAGGUGAAUCUUGGUGUCAUCAAAUCACCGAAGAUGAACUAAAAUCUAAAUUCAAAAUUAAUUAUAAGUUAUUAUGA